AUGCAAAAGGUGGAGGUCCGCACUGUUGCGGACACUUACAACGCUUUCACCCUUAAUAGUACUGGUACCACUGGUUACUUCUAUGACCGAGAGGCUAGGAAUAUUGCUGUUGUUGAUUUGAACACUGGAGGAAGAACCAAACUUAAAUGGUAUGUCAAGUAUAACAAUAUAAUGAACGUUUUAUUAAAAGGAAUGUUAGUUUUUGUAAAAGUGUCAUAAAAUACUAUUACAAAGUAACAUAAACACUCAUGUCAUUACAAUGUAAUUCAACGUUAAUAACACAACUAUAGAAGACUAAAACAAUAUAAAGCAAGAUAAAUUUAGGUCGGGAAACUACUUUACCAAGACACGAUGGGUUUGUUACCAUCUGUCGUACUGUAAUGUAGGCGAAGACACCCUGAUUGUAAUAUUGUGGUACAAUUUGAAGAAAGAAAAGUUUUGUUUGUCUUCGCAUCUGAUCAAGGAUAAUAUAGUUGGAGUCGAGAGAAUACGACAUUACUUUCCUGCCGAUAUAAAACAUGACUCAGGGUAUUGGAUACAACACGAUAGUAAUGUGAACGUAUGUUUGUUUAUAGUUGAAGAUACAACUUUGUUACCUUUAAAGCUUUAUAAAUUUUGUUUUUUUGGCAUUUCGUCUCAAAAUAAACAAAAUAUUGUUUUUAAAACUUGUAAUUUAGGUAAUAUUUUAUGCGCGGAAUGAGGAUCCCAACAUGUUUUGGCACUUUACGUACGAUACGACGGAGAGUAAAGUAAACGAGCUGGUUCGAGACUCACUCCCGACCCAUUCGAGAGCUUGGGAACUGCCCACGCUCACUCAGAAGGUAAACAACUACUACAACAAUAUUCAUGAGACUUUACUGCUUUCAUUUCUAUUUACUUUUUGACCGAUCAAGCUAAACUUAUUUAAAUAUUCAUUCAUAGCUACUAUAAUAUAAUACUGUAAAUACUUCAGGGUUUACUGUUCGUAUCUCACGAGAGAAAUGCCAACUUCUGUCUGUAUAACACUGACAAAAAGCAUUGGACCAAAGGGCCAGUGGCACCAGACAAAGUGGUUGGUAGAGGACCAGCUUCAACCGGUACUUGGGGACAAUUGCACCAUUCCAGGGGUACUGUAGUUUGUGUUCAGAGAGUGAAGCACAAUGAUUACAUCAGCGAGGUAUGGCUACUGGACGUCGCGGUGGCUGGGUGGAGACUGUAGGUGUCCUUUGGAUUAAAUUAUACUUAUGAAGCUUUGUACAGUAAUAUGUUACAUUACAGUAUCUCCUCCUCCAAAGUCUUACCGUCAGACAGUUACAACCUCGCUCUUCGUAUCUUGGAUGAUACCCAUGUCUAUUACCAUCUAGAGUCCGAGAAUCUGGGACCGUGUAUGUAUCAGAUUCAGAAUGCGGUGCCACGAUACGAAAGGAAACUGUCAUCGAUUGCAGAAGAGAGCGACGACAUCGUAUGUUCGGUAUGUCUGGACACAUACGAAGAGCCGAGACUGCUAGAUUGUGGCCAUUCUUUUUGCUUCAAAUGCCUCGAGGGGUUACUGCCUCAGGGUCUGUUUUUACUGUAUGGUAUAUGAUGAUCUGACAUUGUUACUGUAUGGUAUUUAACGCUGUUAGAUGUAUAUGUUUUGUUAGUAAUUAUCGUAUUUUAGGGAUAGAAAACGGAGUAAAAUGUCCAAUAUGUCGUAUCAUAACUCCGAAUACAGUAACCAACUUGAGAAUCAACUAUGGAUUGAGAGGUGAUGUAACCAUUUUACUGUGAUUUACUUAUGACAUACGACUCUUUUAUAUUUAAGGUGUUGUAGCUGCUUACUAGAGAAUUUAAAAUACUAAAGAUGGGAUACGAACAUGUUAACACAUUUGCAUAUUCAGAAGCAGUGCAAGUGCUCGCCAAAGUAAGGAAGUGCAAAGAGAAUGGGCUCGUUUGUGACAUCUGUGACUCGCCGACAUCAGAGAACAACAUGUUCGUAUGUUUGGAGUGUAACCACAAGUGUUGCCAUGUAUGUGUGCUGUUUAACCAUCAGCAACAUCGGAAGAUAGAACUAAGGUAAUAGACUGUCUUCCAUGUCUUGUACUAUUUUUGUAAUUUAUAUAAUGUUACUGUAUAUGACUUAUGUUUAGGCACUUGAUGUAGGUUUAAUUUAUAUAACUCUUAAAACCUUCAGAAGGCUUCUUCGUAACCAAACAGAAGUCAAAAAGAUCCGUGAUGCUUUUACUGUGGCGUUGUUGCAAGUUAAAGAAGAUACGAUAAGUAAAAUCACUCAAACCUUGUCUACAGAGUUAUGCACGGUAAGUUGGCUCUACCAUAAUAUAAUAUAAGUAGCCUUUGAUUGAAACGUGUGAAGCUGACUUUGAAGCCUGGAUACAGAAGAAAGAAGACAUCGAGAGUGUAAAAGCAGAAAGUGGAGAGCGGAUUCAGAAGAUACGAUGUGUAAUGAAAGAGAUUAGUCACAGAAUCACUGAAGAGUUGAUAAGAUUGGAUUUAUAA